AGUACGCGAGGAGUACUCCACCUAUCCUUUUGCCGUCUCUCUCUCUCCCUUUUUUCUUAUUUUAGGUUUAUUUCUCCUCGAUACUCUCUCUCUAGAUUCUCGAUUUUCUCUCUCUAAAUCGAAGCGGGGUCUCGAGUUUUUCUCUCAAUUUAACGGAUCCGGAGAUAUAAUUGGAUCGUUUGGUGGAAGGAAUCGCAGUUAUUUUCGAUUAGGGAAAAAAAAGAAAUUAGGGUUUAGAUUAGCUAAUGGUGAAUUGAAGAAGCUAGGGUUUCUUUUACCGGAUCUAUAUAGAAUCGGUUGAUUAAGCGAAGAAAAAAGUUUGGAUUUUGGGUUUUAUUUCUUGGAAGGAGAGUGGUGGAUUGAUGGUACUCGAGGGGGAAAAUGCAAGGCUAUGCUGCAUGGAAGGGAAGGUGAGGAGAGGAAAAAGGAUCAUCGGCACAUGUGGACAGGUCCCACACGUGGUAAUUCUGCUGUAGCUGGUGAUGAUGUUUCUAAUUCGUUUUUCAAGGAUGGACGCAAGAUCAGUGUUGGAGACUGUGCUUUGUUCAAACCACCCCAGGACUCCCCGCCAUUCAUUGGAAUAAUUCGUUGGCUGACUAACGGUAAAGAGAACAAGUUAAAGUUAGGUGUAAAUUGGCUUUAUCGACCUGCUGAAGUAAAGCUUGGCAAAGGCAUCCUUUUGGAAGCUGUGCCAAACGAAAUAUUCUAUUCCUUUCAUAAGGAUGAAAUUCCUGCUGCAUCAUUACUCCAUCCGUGUAAAGUUGCGUUCCUUCCCAAAGGUGUUGAACUUCCAUCAGGGAUUUGCUCAUUUGUGUGCCGGCGAGUUUAUGACGUUACGAACAAGUGUUUAUGGUGGCUAACUGAUCAGGAUUAUAUUAAUGAACGUCAAGAGGAAGUAGAUCACUUAUUGGAUAAGACACGCUUAGAAAUGCAUGUAACAGUGCAACCAGGUGGACGCUCUCCAAAGCCAGUGAAUGGACCAACAUCAACAUCUCAGUUAAAACCUGUUUCAGAUAGUGUACAGAAUAGUGUUUCAUCCUUUUCUUCUUAUGGUAAGGGAAAGAAAAGAGAACGGGGCGAUCAGGGCUCUGAGCCUGUGAAACGAGAGCGCUUUACAAAAAUGGAUGAUGGGGAUUCUGGCCAUAGUAGACCAGAAAGCAUGUGGAAAUCUGAGGUUUCUAAAUUUACAGAAAAAGGAGGACUUGUGGAUUCUGAAGGGGUUGAGAAAUUGGUGCAUAUAAUGCUCCCUGAGAGAAAUGAGAAAAAAAUAGACUUGGUUGGUCGGUCAAUUCUUGCUGGUGUGGUAGCAGCCACUGAUAAGUUUGAAUGCCUAAAUCAGUUUGUGCAGCUUAGAGGCUUGCCGGUGUUUGAUGAAUGGCUGCAGGAGGUCCAUAAAGGGAAGAUUGGUGAUGGUAGCCCCAAGGAUGGUGAUAAAUCAGUUGAGGAAUUUCUGGUAGUUUUACUUCAGGCACUCGAUAAGCUCCCUGUAAAUCUUCAUGCUCUGCAAAUGUGUAAUAUUGGCAAAUCUGUGAAUCUUCUGCGCACCCAUAAGAACUUGGAAAUACAGAAGAAAGCGAGGAGCUUAGUUGACACAUGGAAGAAACGUGUUGAGGCGGAAAUGGAUGCAAAUGCAAAGUCUGCCUCUAACCAAGGUGUCCCAUGGCCUGCUAGAUCACGUCUUUCUGAAGCUCCUCAUGGUGGGAACAGACAAUCUGGUGUAUCCUCUGAGGUUGCAAUGAAGAGCUCAGUUGUGCAACUCUCUGCUUCGAAAACUGGUUCAGUCAAGGCUGUACAGGGGGAUACUGUUACCAAGUCCGCAUCAACAUCCCCUGGACCCGUAAGAUCGACAACUUCACCUGGAUCAGUGGGUAAUAACUCAAAGGAAGCACAACCCCGAAACACUGGUGCGAGUGCUGCCUCCGAUCCAUCUCCAACAGUAGCAAGGGAUGAGAAAAGCAGCAGUUCUAGCCCGUCCCACAACAAUAGUCAAUCCUGUUCCAGUGACCAUGCCAAAACUGGGGGGUUUUCUGGAAAGGAGGAUGCAAGGAGCUCGACUGCUGGUUCAAUGACGGCAAGUAAGAUCAUUGUUGGUUCUUUGCGGCAUCGUAAAUCAGUCAAUGGCUUUCAAGGCCAAGCUCUAUCUGGUGUCCAAAAGGAAACUGGGUCGAGCAGAAAUUCUUCUUUGCACAGAAAUUCAGGUUCAGAAAAAUUGUCACAUUCCAGUUUGACAUGUGAGAAGGCACUUGAUGUUCCCAUGACAGAGGGGAAUGGCCAUAAAUUUAUUGUUAAAAUUCCCAAUAGAGGUCGCAGUCCGGCACAAAGUUCCAGUGGAGGAACUUUCGAAGACGCAUCAGUCAUGAAUAGCAGAGCUUCUUCUCCUGUGAUUUCGGAGAGGCAUGACCAGUUUGAUCAUAAUUUGAAGGAAAAAAAUGAUUCAUAUCGAGCUAAUAUUACAUCUGAUGUUAAGACCGAGUCGUGGCAAAGCAAUGAUUUCAAAGAGGUGCUUACCGGAUCAGAUGAGGGAGUUGGGUCGCCUGCCACUGUUCCUGAUGAAGAGCAUGGUCGGAUAGGUGAUGAUGGUAGAAAAUCAGGUGAAGUCUCAAAAGCUACACCUACUUCAACUGUGUGUGAACAUAAAUUGGGGAAGUUGAAUGAUGCUUCUUUCAGCUCCAUGAAUGCUUUGAUUGAAAGUUGUGCAAAGUACUCUGAAGGAAAUGCAUCAAUGUCAGUUGGUGAUGAUGUUGGUAUGAAUCUCCUUGCUAGUGUAGCUGCUGGGGAGAUGUCCAAGUCUGAUAUGGUUUCACCGACAGGUUCUCCAAGGACAAACAUGCCUAUCGAGCAUCCCUGUGUGCCAAGUGGUUUGAGAGCAAAAUCAUCUCCAUGUGAUGAUCCUGCUCAAAGCCAAGGUAAGCCUGUUGAUGGUGUUGAUUAUGAAGAUGAGAAGCGGGGUAUUACUGAUGGUACUUCACUGUCCAAGAACACAGAGGCUAAAACAGUUCUGUUUUCGCAAGAAAAAAGCACAGGGGAGCUCAGUGGACCUCCUAAUUCUUCCCAUGUGGAUGUGCAGCAAACUGCCAAACCAUGCCUAGAAAGUUAUUUGAAAUCAGAGGAAACAUUAGUAGCUGCUGUGUCCUCUGCUAGCACAGCAGUGAAAACAUCAAAUUGUGGGGGCAAAGAACCGUGGGAGAAAGAGGAUGGUGGCAGAUCAAAUGUAGGUGGCAUAUCUGAUGACAAAGAAAAGUUGCAUGGUUCUUCUGUCUUUAAUGAUAUCAACAAUACAGGAGUGCAAGUUGCGAUUGAAGCAAUGGAAGGAUCAUCAUCAAACCAUCGUGUAGAGUUUGAUGCUGAGAACAAGAAAAAUAUAAAUAAAGAGCUGAACAUUUCUAUUAAGGCAGAGCCAGCACCACCUGCUAUUAUGCUGUCUGAUUUUGCAAAAGGAACAAUUAAUGAAGUGCUCCAACCUUCUAGUUCUGGCAAGGAUAUGGAUUCUGAAAACUUGCAUGAGGUGAAGGCUGGUGAAACUGAUGGCAGGGGUCAUUCUACUGAGAAAAAUAAAAUUGAAAAUGAAAGUAAUACAGCAUCAGCUGCCACUGAUCAUGAAGGUGAGUGCAAAGUGGAGAGCCUGGGAGGUAAUCAGGUCGAUGAGCAAUGUAGUACCAGACCAGCUGCCCACAAGGCAGCACCCAUACUUUUUCAGGCACCAGAACAAAUAGUAAGGUCAACAGAGUCGAAGUUGGCUGGCACUGGAGCUGAUGAAACUGAGGAAUGUACAUCUGAUGCUGCUGAGGCUUCUUCUUUAUCUGCUACAGGGGGAUCGGAUCUGGAAGCAAAAGUUGAAUUUGAUCUGAAUGAAGGCUUUAUUUCUGAUGAUGGGAAAUAUGGGGAGUCGAGUGACUUGAGAGCACCUGGAUGCUCUUCUGCGAUUCAGCUAGUUAGCCCUUUGCCCUUACCUGUUUCUUCUGUGUCUAGUGGGCUUCCUGCUUCCAUUACAGUAGCUGCCGCUGCAAAAGGGCCCUUUGUUCCACCAGAGGAUUUACUUAAGAGUAGACGGGAGCUUGGUUGGAAGGGAUCGGCAGCCACAAGUGCAUUUCGGCCAGCUGAACCUAGAAAAUCUUUGGAGAUUCCAUUAGGUACAGCUAAUAUCUCACUACCUGAUGCAAUGGUUUCCAAGCCUGGUCGCCCCCUGUUAGAUAUUGACUUGAAUGUUCCUGAUGAAAGAAUCCUUGAGGAUUUGGCUUCACGAAGUUCUGCUCAGGAGGCAGUUUCUGUUUCUGACCUUGCAAAGAAUAAUGAUUGUGCACGUGAUGCACUGAUGGGUUCAAUAUCUGUUCGAAGCUCUGGGGGACUUGAUCUUGAUUUGAAUAGAGCAGAUGAAGCUAGUGAUAUUGGCAAUCACUUAACAAGCAUUGGCCGGAGGCUGGAUGCCCCACUACAUCCCGCCAAAUCAUCUGGUGGUUUUCUAAACGGAAAGGUUGGUGGUUGCUGGGACUUUGAUUUGAAUGAUGGCCCUCUUGUCGAUGAGGUGAGUGCCGAACCAUCACAACUUGGGCGGCAUGCCCAAAACGUUGUGCCAUCCCAACCAUCCAUUUCUAGCCUUCGAAUGAACAGUACAGAAAUGGGAAACUUCCCGUCCUGGUUUCCUCAAGGGAAUCCGUAUCCUGCUGUCACAAUCCAAUCUAUCUUGCAUGAUAGAGGAGAGCAGCCUUUCCCUAUAGUUGCAACUGGUGGGCCUCAACGGAUCUUGGCUUCCUCUACUGGCAGCAACCCAUUUAAUCCUGAUGUCUACAGGGGAGCAGUGUUGUCGUCCUCUCCAGCAGUGCCAUUUCCAUCUACUCCUUUUCAGUAUCCUGUCUUUCCUUUUGGGACCAGCUUCCCUCUUCCCUCAGCUACAUUUUCAGGUGGUUCAGCAUCGUAUGUGGAUUCAUCAUCUGGUGGGAGGCUUUGCUUUCCCACAGUACCUUCUCAAGUAGUAGCGCAAGUUGGUGUGGUCUCAUCCCAUUAUCCAAGGCCUUAUGCUGUUAACCUCCCAGACAGUAACAAUAAUGGUGCUGUGGAGAGCAGUAGGAAAUGGGUAAGGCAGGGUCUAGAUCUCAAUUCCGGGCCUCUAGGUGCAGAUAUUGAAGGUAGAAAUGAGACCUCAGCUCUUGCAUCGAGGCAGCUGUCUGUUGCCAGUUCACAAGCCCAUGCAGAGGAGCUAUCGAGGAUGUAUCAGGCGACCAGUGGAGGUUUUCUUAAGAGGAAGGAACCAGAGGGUGGAUGGGAUGGUUAUAAGCAAUCCUCCUGGCAGAAGGGAUGAAUAAUGACACAAUGCAGUGAUCCACCUUUCUCCUGGUUGGAUGUUGGCUAACUCCAAAAGAUCGGCUAACUUGUGAUCUCAAGGAUGGGUGGUAAGUGAGUUAUUUGAUGUUCAAUCUCCAACCACCACCCUGUCGAUGUACCGUUGUACCUUAAAAAAGGAAUCUUUCCAGGGUCAUUAAGUGUUAUAUUCUUGAAUUUGUACUGGGUGGCUCAGUUCACCGUCCCCUUUGUAGAUAUUUUAACCAAUGGAAAACUUGCAUUCUGUGA